GCUGGUGGCUGAAAACGAAACUUUCAUCAACUUUUUUCCCGAUCGUUGCUCGGUAUUUCACUGGAUUGGGAAGAAGAGAAAUUGAGUUUAAGUGCGGUGCGAAAUGGAGAAACUGACUUUAUUAACGACCAACAUGGAGAUAUAUCGACAUCCUAGACAUGUUCCAGGGUAAGUUUUUAAGAGACAGCACGCGUGGUACAAGAGAUAAUAUUAAUGGAACUAUCUCGAUCUAGCAAAACAUUGGGAAUGAUGUAAAACUGGGGUCGAUCUUACGCGAGAAGAAGUCGUAAGUGAGCGAGAGUAAUUUUGAAGCAUUGUUACACUCUGAGUGUUAAUUUUCACUAGGAUAGUAUUAUUCCUAGGGUAAUGUUUUACUGGUUCAAUAUAAUUUCAGUUCCAGAAGUUUGCAAAUUCAUCAAAACAAAAUAAGGUAGUUUGAUGUAAAAAUUUGUGCAUUGAUUGUGAAACGAAGGGUUUCGCUGAAGUCUUUGAGUUCUUGAUGGGCGAGAUUUUUCACCUAAUUGUUUGAGAUGAAAGAAAUAAUUUUGUUUCCAAGGACGGUAUUUAAUAUCCGGUUUGCCACCAUGUGGCCGAAAAAUUCAUUUACCCCGCGCUACAUGUAAGAAAACGAUCAAUUUAUAGCAAAGAUAAUUUAUUGGAAACCCUAAUAACAACUUUCAACCAUAAGCUUCCAAGUUGUUACGAGAGAGGUCAGGGAGGAUUUUGCUGGCACAUCCCAGGCGAAUUUCUAGAGCUGUGAAAAUCCGUGAUGGACUUCUAAGAUUACAACCUUAUGCAGAUACUUGCAGAUUGUCGACUGUAUACUCAUAAUUGUCACCGAUCUAAAUAAAGUUUUGCACCUCGAAAAGCUCAGGGAUUGAUCAGUGUUUUCAAAAAAUUAUGGGUGAUAAACGCUCAUGACAUGCUGAAGUUCUCGUUUCCUAUGUGGAGUGAAAUCGGCUUUUCCAGAUUUCGAGUCGGAAGUAAUUAGGUAUUGCAUCGUUAUUUUACCAUUGCUGUAAACUCGCACCACAGUUUAAAAAAAGAUACCUAACCAUGAUGAUAUUUAGUAGUUUUAAAAAAGGACUAAUCCAAAGAAAAAACCAAAACAAAAACCAAAACAAAAAAAAAAAUCGGGAGCUCGUAAUAAGCAAUUUCCCGCUCUUCGGGCAGUUUGCAGACCUUUGAUUUCGUUUGAAUUGAAUUCCCUUGACGCUUUGUUAUAAUUUACUGGCUCUUUAGUAUUAUUUUGGUUUUUUAGUCCCCAAUGUCUGAACUAAUCCUUACCCUACCUCUCUAGUUACCUUGGGUAUACGCCGCAGAUCAAGUUCACGUACGGUGAAACUUUUGGCAACACAACUGGCCGCUGGUUCCAGGACUACCGAGCUGCUACUUUGAACACAAGUAAAGAACGGAUGGGGAGGGGAGGGGACAAAUUUCUCCCCUUCCCUACUUACUAUACCAACAACCCUGAUCAUGUUUUGGGCGCUCGCACCAGAUCACGUGACCGAUGGCAAGCAGCGCCUAAAUACAAACUUUUUAAUGUAGAUGACAGGGAUGUGGCUAUCAAAAAAUAUGAUAAGGUGUGUUUUGUUAAUUAAGUCAGUUUUGUUAAAAUCGCUCUUGGAGCUGUAGGGAAUAAAUACUGUUUUACAUUUCGCAUGCUUCUUUCCAGCUAACACCCCUCUUACCAACCAAAGCCGACCCCGGCAGAGCGGGGGGGGGGGGGGGCUGUUCACGGUGUGAAUAGAAAGCGCCAUGUGGCACGCGUUUAUAGCUACAAAACCACGUAGCCCAUAAGUAUCUGCGCGCGCUCCAACAUUUUUUGCUCCAUAUCUUCCGUUCUCAUCGGCACGCCUCAAAGGAAGGCAGCUCAUAGUCGAAAUUUUCCGCUCCACAUGAGGUUAAUCAGAUCAAAAAUGGUUCCAACUCUUUUUCAAUAGCACCACCAACACGUACUUUCCAUCAGAAGUCAAUGGAAACAAUAAUACUGGCGUAUACUUUGAAAGUCAGCAAAAGGAAACAUACAUGUUUUUCUUGUGCAGGCUGCCCAACAUCAUCGGGAACAUUACAAAGACAGAACAGAAACAGUUCCACCUGUGAGAGUUUUUAUCUUGCCAAAUGUGUUUCAUGAUACCAAGUCUCGCAGAAUACCUGCGUAAGUAUAUGGAUGGGACUUUUCUGUCUCGUUUUCAUUUCAAAUACCGUCUAUUUUCAUUUUAAGGCAGUUCUGACCCCCUCGUCACUUUGUCCUCAUUGUCUGAGGGCCUUUGUAAGGCGGGAUCAAUGAGUCUGCCUUCUGAAAUUCAACACAUGAGAACAGAAACCAAACACAGACAAAUGCUUUUACUGUAGCCAGGACUUGGAAACGGUGUUUUAGGUUGUACUGCACGUUGAAGUGGUGAGGCCUUUGUGUGCUCCUGCGUUCUUGUCAUCAACUGAUAUGAUAAGGAAGGGGGGUGGUAUAAUUUGUCAAUACUGAUCCGUCAAAAUACAACUACUGUAAACAGCUGGGAAUCAACUUCCUCGUGGGUGCAUGAGGUGGUCAGUUGUCCAUAACGGAGUGCUUUUCGAUUGACUGUUGUAAAAUUGUCAUAAAACCAAUCGCGACUGUGUCGUGAUUGGUUUUAGUUUAGAGAGGGUGGCACGAGUUUUCUGGUCCAAUCACUGAGCAAACCGAUGCAGUCCUGGAGUACUUUUGACAUUUAAAUGGAAAUUGCUCUUUUAUCUUUUGAUUCUCGCUCUUUCGUUUCUUAACAGAGCGGGAAGAACUAAAAAUGAAGAAAGAGCAUUAGCAUACGCUAACCAAGUCUACAGGACAACGAGGAAUAAACCGCUGGCCAAGUCUAACGUGGAGGAACGCCGAAUACGUGACGUGUUUUUCGAGCAGAGAUAG